AUGCCCGGAAAUGACAAGUCUUUGGCAACUAUCAUAGAAGGUAGAUGGUAUUAUGUUGGAAAGAGCAGUAGACCAACUCUGGAACUAACCAGAACACAGAAAAUGAGAGUUCAAAGGCAAUACUGUACCUUUCUCAAGAACAGGGAUAACACACAGUCACAAGAGCUGACAAAGACAGAAUCUCCGGGUAGACCUUCCAUCAAUCCUGCCUCAUCCUCAGUCAAUUAG